GCACCGCGGGGUCUAUCUCUCCCCGCGCGGCAAAUCGCCUUCGUUGCCCUCCCGCUCUCCAUGGAGUCAUUGACUUUUCCGCAGCGCCCCGGCCCCGCUGCCUCGGCCGCCGCCACCGUGGCUGCGGGGUUCACCCGGCCGCUAGCCGACGGGCUUAUCAAGUCACCCAAACCCCUGAUGAAGAAGCAGGCCGUGAAGCGGCACCACCACAAGCACAACCUGCGGCACCGCUACGAGUUCCUGGAGACACUUGGCAAAGGCACCUACGGGAAGGUGAAGAAGGCGCGGGAGAGCUCCGGGCGCCUGGUGGCCAUCAAGUCAAUCCGGAAAGACAGAAUCAAAGAUGAACAAGAUUUGAUGCACAUACGGCGGGAGAUCGAGAUCAUGUCGUCACUCAACCACCCUCACAUUAUUGCCAUCCAUGAAGUGUUUGAGAACAGCAGCAAGAUCGUGAUCGUCAUGGAGUACGCCAGCCGGGGAGACCUGUAUGACUACAUAAGUGAGCGGCAGCGGCUCAGUGAACAUGAUGCCCGGCAUUUCUUCCGGCAAAUCGUCUCUGCCGUUCAUUACUGCCACCAGAAUGGAAUUGUUCACCGGGAUCUCAAGUUGGAGAACAUCCUCCUAGAUGCCAAUGGAAACAUCAAGAUCGCUGACUUUGGCCUCUCCAACCUGUACCACCAAGGCAAAUUCCUGCAGACAUUCUGUGGGAGCCCUCUCUACGCCUCACCAGAGAUCGUCAACGGGAAGCCAUACAUCGGCCCGGAGGUGGACAGCUGGUCACUGGGUGUUCUCCUCUACAUCCUGGUGCAUGGCACCAUGCCCUUUGACGGGCAGGACCAUAAGACACUGGUGAAACAGAUCAGCAACGGGGCCUACCAGGAGCCACCCAAACCCUCUGAUGCCUGUGGCCUGAUCCGGUGGCUAUUAAUGGUGAACCCCACCCGCCGGGCCACUCUGGAGGAUGUCGCCAGUCAUUGGUGGGUCAACUGGGGCUAUGCCACCCGUGUAGGGGAGCAGGAAGCUCUGCGUGAGGGUGGGCACCCUGGCAGUGACUCUGCCCGGGCUUCCAUGGCUGACUGGCUCCGGCGCUCCUCCCGCCCCCUCCUGGAGAAUGGGGCCAAAGUAUGCAGCUUCUUCAAGCAGCAUACUCCAGGCGGUGGAGGCACGGCCCCUGGUGUGGAGCGCCAGCAUUCACUCAAGAAGUCCCGCAGGGAGAAUGACAUGGCCCAGUCUUUCCAGGGUGACCCAGCUGAUGACACUUCCACUCGAACUGGCAAAGGCAACCUUAAGCUGCCAAAGGGCAUUCUCAAGAAGAAGGCGUUAACCUCUUUAGAGGGGGCAAAGGAGGACCCCCAGGAGCUCAGCCCACUCCCCACAAUCCCUGGGCAGGCUGCCCCCCUGGCCCCCAAGAAGGGCAUCCUCAAGAAGUCCCGGCAGCGUGAGUCUGGCUACUACUCCUCUCCUGAACCCAGUGAGUCUGGGGAACUCCUGGAUGCAGGUGACGUGUUUGUGAGUGGGGACCCUGUGGAACAGAAGCCCCCCCAAGCCUCAGGGCUGCUCCUCCAUCGCAAGGGCAUUCUCAAACUGAACGGCAAAUUCUCCCGAACAGCCUUGGAGCUUACAGCCCCUACCACCUUCGGCUCCUUGGAUGAACUGGCCUCACCUCGCCCCCCUACCCGGGCAAGCCGUCCCACAGGGGCUGUAAGUGAGGACAGCAUACUGUCCUCCGAGUCCUUUGACCAACUGGACUUGCCUGAACGGCUCCCCGAGCCCCCACUGCGGGGCUGUGUGUCUGUGGACGACCUCAUGGGCCUUGAGGAGCCCCCCUCAGAGGGCCCUGGAAGCUGCCUGAGGCGCUGGCGGCAGGACCCCCUGGGGGAUAGCUGCUUUUCCCUGACUGACUGCCAGGAGGUGACUGAGGCCUACCGACAGGCACUAGGGGUCUGCUCAAAGCUCAGCUGAGGAGGGAGGCAGAUUGCCCCGGUUUGGGCAGGCUUUAAAAUGCAGCUGGCUGCACCCUAACUGGAGAUGCUUCUCCCCUGCGUCCCAGGCCCCAGCAUCCCAGCUCAGAAGGCUGAGGUGGUGUGCAGUAGAGCCCUGGCUGGGCUGGAUAUGGGAAGCAGGCACGUGGAGUGCUUCAGGGGUUCAGCAUCUUCAGCCCUGUUGAACCAGGAAGAUAAGAGAGGGGGAAGGAAUAGAGAAACAGUGGAAGGGGCAGGCCAGCAGCAGAGCCUGGGUUGCCUGUUUCUUGUACACAUGGUAGGGCUGCAGGGACCUGGAAAGUGUGCUCCAGUGCCUAUGUCCUUUAUUGCCAUGGAUAAGUUUCAUACAAGGUGCCUUUCAGAGCAGCCCCUGCCCUACCCAUUCCCUGCCAAAGUGGGCUGGCCUGUCUUCACACAUGUUCCCAUCCCCACCAACUGCUUCAACUGGAUUGUGCCCCCCUAAUGUGCCUGGGUAUCCUGGGAAUGGUCUGGAGUUAACCUUUCCUUACUUAUCCUAGGUGUAAGAGGACACAACUUCUGUUUCCUCAAAGGUUCUUUCCCCUUUCCCAUCCUCCCAGCCGGGCCCAAGCUUCCUGGAAUCGCUGCUAUGAAUCUAAAAGACUUGAAAAGGCUCAGGCUGCUGUAUGAACUUCAUCUCAAGGGGCCCAGACUCCUCUGGACCCCACCUUUGACCUCAGAGACUCAGAACUUCUGCUCUAAGCUGCUCCUAAAGUCUACCCUAGACUAUGAAUCUGUCUAUUUCUCUGGGCCUUCAGGACCCUAGAAUGUCCGUAUUUAUUUUUAGGUUCUCAAAAGCCUGUUUUAUGAAAAGUGAAUCUUGCUGUUUCCGAUAAUGUGAAUGCUUUGUUCUGGUAAAAUCCACUAUGACAUCUAAGUUUUGUGUACAGAGAUAUUUUUGCAAUGGUUUCUACUGGUCAUGGGGAGGGCAUCUUUUUACAAACCCACAUGUCCUAUUGGACUGUCUGGAGAUGGGCCUCUGGGUCCCCUCACUGCACCCCUGUCUACCUAAUGAUCCUCCUCCCUUCCUCGGAGGCCAGAAAGAAUCCCCCAUUAAAAGCAGAAUGGUGAUUGGGAAA